CCGGCUAGGUCAGCUGACAAGGAAUUUCACAUUCUUAGCCGGAACUUCCUACCGGCGCAACCUCUAGUUGACAUUUCUCGAUAUACUUGGGAAUAGAUCUAGACAAAGUUGCCCUAAAUGCGCUCCGGGCAGCUCCGGCUGCCGUUCGUGGGUUGCCAAGGAUGCCCAGCCGCCUUGACGAAGAGGGUAUAUGCACGGCCAGCGACAAUUGCACGGCGGCAGCUCACGACGAUGUCGAAUUGGAGUCCAUUUGGUGGAAAAGGUGGCGGAAGUAAUAAGGAAAAGGAGGAUGCUGCUAGGCGUGCCCUAGAGCAAUCCUUCGGCCCAAAAAAGUUUGGUGCGGAUGCAAGUAAAAAGGCAGCAAAGCCCGCAGCCAAGCCCUCUGAGCCGCCUAAGCCUGCAAGCAGCGCACCUAAGAACCCGCUGGAAGGCAUGUUUGGGGGGGCAGGCGGUUCAGGCGGGGCUUUCGGGGGCGGUGGCGGUGGCGGAGGAGGAGGCGGUGCCGGUGGUGGUGGUGGUGGCAGCUUCUUCUCUGGGGGCGGUGCUGAGCAGCCGGGCAGCGAGCAGCCAAUCCUUGCGGAGUUCCUUGAGCUUCUACGCGGCUCCUGGAUGGUGUUCACCAACCUCUGCCUCUUCCUGGCAUUCUCCAGCUUCCUGCACAGGUCGCUCAACUGGUUCGUCCAGACGGAGCUGCUGGUAGCUGUGGGCGCCCCGCAGCAGGCUGGCGAGCGCGUGAUCGGCAAGUUCUUCGAAGCCAUCGAGUGGGUUGAGCGGCACGUGCUGGGCUGGACGCUGCCGGGCGACGAGGAGGAGGAGGAGAGCACCUCCAAGGUGUACGAGGUGCUGCGGAACUACACACCCAAGGAGGCAUCGUACACCUUCGCACAACUCAAGUACAACCUCACGGACAGCGAGAGGGAGCUGCUGCGCAAGGCCUACGCGGUGCGCUACUACGAGCGCAGCGGCGGCCGGCGGGAUGACGUGGACAUGGCGGAUGUGCAGGCGCUCAAGGACCGGCUGGACCCCGUGGAGGCGGACCGCCGCGCCUACCGCAAGGCCAAGGCGGAGGGCCGACUGGAGGAGUACUGGGCGGCGCCCGGGCGCGAGGAGAUGUACACCCGGAUUGUAGGGCAGCCGCGCACUGCAUGAUGGAGUGAAGGAGCUGGGGGUGGGAGGGUUUGUACUGUUGUGUGCGUUGGUGAAGUUGGAGGGUUGGUGAGGUGACCUUGGCACGUGUUGCUGCUGCUGCCGAUGCGUGUGGACAAUGGAAUAAUGGAUCAUAGCAGGAAAUGUACUGGGAAUGACUCUUAACGGUGUGUGCGUUGACAACAGGUUUGCACCACGCAUGGUCAAGCUCCACGCUGUA